AUGGACGUGACGUGGACGUGGACGUGGACGUGGACGUGGACGUGGACGUGGACGUGGACGUGGACGUGGACGUGGACGUGGACGUGGACGUGGACGUGGACGUGGACGUGGACGUGGACGUGGACGUGGACGUGGACGUGGACUGGACGUGGACGUGGACGUGGACUGGACGUGGACGUGGACGUGGACAUGGACGUGGACGUGGACGUGGACGUGGACGUGGACGUGGACGUGGACGUGGACGUGGACGUGGACGUGGACGUGGACGUGGACGUGGACAUGGACGUGGACGUGGACGUGGACGUGGACGUGGACGUGGACGUGGACGUGGACGUGGACGUGGAAAUGGACGUGGACGUGGACGUGGACGUGGACGUGGACAUGGACAUGGACGUGGACGUGGACGUGGACGUGGACGUGGACGUGGACGUGGACGUGGACGUGGACGUGGACGUGGACGUGGACGUGGACGUGGACGUGGACAUGGACGUGGACGUGGACGUGGACGUGGACGUGGACGUGGACGUGGACGUGGACGUGGACGUGGACGUGGACAUGGACGUGGACGUGGACGUGGACGUGGACGUGGACGUGGACGUGGACGUGGACGUGGACAUGGACGUGGACGUGGACGUGGACAUGGACGUGGACGUGGACAUGGACGUGGACGUGGACAUGGACGUGGACGUGGACGUGGACGUGGACGUGGACGUGGACAUGGACGUGGACAUGGACGUGGACGUGGACGUGGACGUGGACGUGGACGUGGACGUGGACGUGGACAUGGACGUGGACGUGGACAUGGACAUGGACGUGGACGUGGACGUGGACGUGGACGUGGACGUGGACGUGGACGUGGACGUGGACGUGGACGUGGACGUGGACGUGGACGUGGACGUGGACGUGGACGUGGACGUGGACAUGGACGUGGACGUGGACAUGGACGUGGACGUGGACGUGGACAUGGACGUGGACGUGGACAUGGACGUGGACGUGGACAUGGACGUGGACGUGGACGUGGACAUGGACGUGGACGUGGACGUGGACAUGGACGUGGACAUGGACGUGGACGUGGACGUGGACGUGGACAUGGACGUGGACGUGGACGUGGACGUGGAAAUGGACGUGGACGUGGACGUGGACGUGGACGUGGACGUGGACGUGGACAUGGACGUGGACGUGGACGUGGACAUGGACGUGGACAUGGACAUGGACGUGGACGUGGACGUGGACGUGGACAUGGACGUGGACGUGGACGUGGACAUGGACGUGGACAUGGACGUGGACGUGGACGUGGACGUAGACAUGGACGUGGACGUGGACGUGGACAUGGACGUGGACGUGGACGUGGACGUGAACGUGGACGUGGACGUGGACGUGGACGUGGACAUGGACGUGGACGUGGACGUGGACGUGGACGUGGACGUGGACGUGGACGUGGACGUGGACAUGGACGUGGACAUGGACGUGGACGUGGACAUGGACGUGGACGUGGACGUGGACGUGGACGUGGACGUGGACGUGGACGUGGACAUGGACGUGGACAUGGACGUGGACGUGGACAUGGACGUGGACAUGGACGUGGACGUGGACGUGGACGUGGACGUGGACGUGGACAUGGACGUGGACGUGGACGUGGACGUGGACGUGGACGUGGACGUGGACGUGGACAUGGACGUGGACGUGGACGUGGACAUGGACGUGGACGUGGACGUGGACAUGGACGUGGACACGUGGACGUGGACGUGGACGUGGACGUGGACGUGGACGUGGACGUGGACGUGGACAUGGACGUGGACAUGGACGUGGACAUGGACAUGGACGUGGACGUGGACGUGGACGUGGACAUGGACGUGGACGUGGACGUGGACGUGGACGUGGACGUGGACGUGGACGUGGACGUGGACAUGGACGUGGACGUGGACGUGGACGGGGACGUGGACGUGGACAUGGACGUGGACGUGGACGUGGACGUGGACGUGGACGUGGACGUGGACGUGGACAUGGACGUGGACGUGGACAUGGACGUGGACGUGGACGUGGACGUGGACGUGGACGUGGACGUGGACAUGGACGUGGACGUGGACGUGGACAUGGACGUGGACGUGGACGUGGACGUGGAAUGGACGUGGACGUGGACAUGGACGUGGACGUGGACGUGGACGUGGACGUGGACGUGGACGUGGACGUGGACGUGGACGUGGAAUGGACGUGGACGUGGACGUGGACGUGGACGUGGACGUGAAAUGGACGUGGACGUGGACGUGGACAUGGACGUGGACGUGGAAUGGACGUGGACGUGGACGUGGACAUGGACGUGGACGUGGACGUGGACAUGGACGUGGACAUGGACGUGGACAUGGACGUGGACGUGGACAUGGACGUGGACGUGGACAUGGACGUGGACGUGGACGUGGACGUGGACGUGGAAAUGGACGUGGACGUGGACGUGGACAUGGACGUGGACGUGGACGUGGACAUGGACGUGGACGUGGACGUGGACGUGGACGUGGACGUGGACGUGGACGUGGACAUGGACGUGGACAUGGACGUGGACUGGACGUGGACAUGGACGUGGACGUGGACAUGGACGUGGACGUGGACAUGGACGUGGACGUGGACGUGGACGUGGACGUGGACGUAGAAAUGGACGUGGACGUGGACGUGGACGUGGACGUGGACGUAGAAGUGGACGUGGACGUGGACAUGGACGUGGACGUGGACAUGGACGUGGACGUGGACAUGGACGUGGACAUGGACGUGGACAUGGACGUGGACGUGGACGUGGACAUGGACGUGGACGUGGACAUGGACGUGGACGUGGACGUGGACAUGGACGUGGACGUGGACGUGGACAUGGACGUGGACAUGGACAUGGACGUGGACGUGGACGUGGACGUGGACGUGGACGAGGACGUGGACAUGGACGUGGACGUGGACGUGGACGUGGACGUGGACGUGGACGUGGACGUGGACGUGGACGUGGACAUGGACGUGGACGUGGACGUGGACGUGGACGUGGACGUGGACGUGGACGUGGACGUGGACGUAGACGUGGACGUGGACGUGGACGUGGACGUGGACGUGGACAUGGACGUGGACUUGGACGUGGACGUGGACGUGGACGUGGACAUGGACGUGGACAUGGACAUGGACGUGGACGUGGACGUGGACGUGGACUGGACGUGGACACAUGGACGUGGACAUGGAGUGGACGUGGACGUGGACGUGGACAUGGACGUGGACGUGGACGUGGACGUGGACGUGGACGUGGACGUGGACGUGGACAUGGACGUGGACGUGGACGUGGACGUGGACGUGAACUUGGACGUGGACGUGGACGUGGACGUGGACGUGGACGUGGACAUGGACGUGGACGUGGACAUGGACGUGGACGUGGACGUGGACAUGGACGUGGACGUGGACGUGGACGUGGACGUGGAGGACGUGGACGUGGAGGACGUGGACAUGGACGUGGAGGACGUGGACGUGGACGUGGAGGACGUGGACGUGGACGUGGACGUGGACGUGGACGUGGAGUGGACGUGGACGUGGACGUGGACCUGGACGUGGACGUGGACGUGGAACUGGACGUGGACGUGGACGUGGACGUGGACGUGGACGUGGACGUGGACAUGGACGUGGACCUGGACGUGGACGUGGACGUGGACAUGGACGUGGACAUGGACGUGGACAUGGACGUGGACGUGGACGUGGACGUGGACGUAG